GAGGGAGAAAGGGCCAAGAUGGCGGCGCCCUGUGGGUUAGAAGAGCCCUGAGUGGUAAACAGCUGAGGGGAGGAGAAGGAAGGUUUGGUGAUCAUGGAAGGGCUCAGGUUGAUGACAGUGGAAAGAGAGAGUCUACUGGCCAGCACAACAGUUUGACAGGAGCACCAAUGAAGAACCGACUGAGGUCUUGCCUGGCACGAUCGCAGUAGCAUGUACAAAAGCACAUAGCACAAAACAGAAUGGCUCAGCAAGGAAAUGUUGGUGAUCUCCUCGCCAUGCUCGAUUCUCCCAACCUGGGUGUCCUGGAAGAUAUAACAGCUGCAUUUAAAGAGAACCUCAAUUCGGACCGUGGGCCCAUGCUUGUAAAUACCUUGGUAGAUUUCUACUUGGAAACCAGUUCCCAGCAAGCAUUGCACAUCCUAUCCACACUUCAAGAGCCGCAUGACAAGCAUCUUUUGGAUAAAAUCAACGAAUACAUGAGCAAGCUUCCUACCCGCCUCCCUACUCUUUCGCUACUCGGCCAUGUGGUGAGACGGCAGCCUUCGUGGAGGCACAAGCUCUCUCAAGCGCCCCUCCUGCUUUCUUUGCUCAAGUGUCUCAAGACUGACACCAACAUAGUGGUACUCAUCACCGGUGUGCUAGUGUUGAUAACGAUGCUGCCGAUGAUACCCCAGUCUGGCAAGCAAUAUCUCCACGACUUCUUUGGCAUCUUCGGGCGCCUUUCAUCCUGGUGCCUGAAGAACCCAGGUCACGUGGCAGAGAUCUAUUUAGUUCACCUCCAUGCCAGUGUGUAUUCCCUCUUUCACCGCCUUUAUGGAAUGUACCCUUGCAACUUCGUUUCGUUUCUGCGCUCUCACUACAGUAUGAAGGAAAACUUGGAGACUUUUGAAGAGGUUGUCAAGCCAAUGAUGGAACAUGUGCGCAUCCAUCCAGAGCUAGUGACUGGAUCCAAGGAUCAUGAGCUGGACCCUCGAAGGUGGAAGAGAUUAGAAACCCACGAUGUUGUGAUCGAGUGUGCCAAAAUCUCCCUGGACCCAGCGGAAGCCUCCUAUGAAGAUGGCUACUGUUCAGUCUCCCAGCAUUUAUGUCCGCACUUGCAGCACCGCCCAGCCAACCCUGAUGGCAGCCCUUACAUUACUUUGUACAGUGGUGCUGGCAUGUCAACCUCUACCCCUUAUUCCGGCUCUCGGCUAGUGCACAUAUCAGGGCAGCUACCUCAGAUUUUGAACCCUCAGUCCUCAUGUCUGUCAACUGAGCCUCUGCAGGUUAACUUCUGGAGCCCCUCGGCUGUCUGUGGCAUGACCACUCCCCCCACUUCCCCUGGAGUCGCUUUGGAGCCUUCGCAAGCCUCAUCCCAGCCUUACAAGUUCUUCGGCACAUCUGCAGUUGGGAAAGGAACGCCCUCAGGAACGCCCGCCACCUCUCCCCCUCCAUUGUGCAUUUCAGACGAAUAUGUUCACGUUUCUGCUCCUUCCGCUGCUGCCGCACUUCCCAGGAAGGAGGAUAAACUGGAUCACUGGAGGCCUUCCUUGCCCCGACAGCAAAACAUUGUCAUCAACCACAUGAAGGCUUUAGACUCCCACGGUAGUAAAAGUUCUGUAACUUUAAGUGAUCUUCCUGGCUUCUUAGGGGACUUGGCCGACUUAGAAGACAGCGUUGAGGACAAAGAGGAAGAUGCAAUAUCGAAAGAGAUCUCCGAGAUCACCACAGCAGAGGCUGAGCCCGUGGUGCCUCGGGGCGGGUUUGACUCUCCUUUUUACCAUUUCAACGAGAGUCUGUCCGGCUCCCAGAAGAAAUCCCAGUCGGCAGCCUCAAAUGCGCAGGGGCCGAUCCUGAACUCUGAUCCCGCGACGCCUUGUCUGGACCAACCUGGGACCGAGAACGCGAGGGAGACGCCUAGGCAAGCCUUCACGCCCAUCGACCGGCCCUGCCGAGACUCUGAAGACCAUCCUGCUGGUAACAGGGGAAGCCAGGCCUCUGCAGAGACGAGUAUAUUCACCCCCAGCCCUUACAAGAUCCCGGCCCGCAGGAGAGCAGGGUUGGGGAACGAGCCGUCUCCCCAUUACGAGCACCUCUUCGAGGUGGCUUUGCCAAAGACGGCCUGCCUCUUUGUCAGCAGAAAGACAGGAGAACUGCUGAAGAGAGCCAAGGGGGUCCAAGACGAAGACGGGGCUCCCUCCGCCUCCCCAAUGGAAGUGCUGGACAGGCUCAUACAGCACGGAGCAGAUGCCCACAGCAAAGAGCUUAACAAAUUACCCUUGCCAAGCAAAUCAGCUGACUGGACUCACUUUGGAGGUUCUCCCCCUUCAGAUGAGAUCCACACCCUGCGGAACCAGCUGCUCUUGCUCCACAACCAGCUGCUGUAUGAGCGCUUCAAAAGGCAGCAGCAUGCACUCCGGAACCGGCGGCUCCUGCGGAAGGUGAUCAAAGCAGCGGCCCUGGAGGAGCACAACGCGGCUAUGAAAGACCAGCUGCGGCUCCAGGAGAAGGACAUCCAGUCCUUGAAGGUCAGUCUGCAGAAGGAGCAGGGCAGAUACCGCCAGUUCCAAGAAGAGCACGACAGCGUUGUAGCCCGCCUCCACAGCCAGAUCCGCCAGCUGCAGCACGACCGGGAGGAGUUUUACAACCAGAGCCAGGAACUGCAGACUAAGCUGGAGGACUGCUGCACCGUGGUUGCCGACCUGCGGAUAGAGUUGAAGAAGGCCAACAACAAGGUGUGCCACACGGAGCUGCUGUUGAGCCAGGUUUCUCAAAAGCUUUCUAACAGCGAGUCGGUCCAACAGCAGAUGGAGUUCCUGAACAGGCAACUUCUGGUCCUUGGGGAGGUCAACGAGUUGUAUUUGGAGCAGCUACAGCACAAGCAUGCCGACACGCCCAAGGAAGUAGAGAUCAUGCAGGCAGCCUUUCGGAAAGAUCUGGAGAAAGCCAAAUGUUACGUUCAGCAGCAGAACCAGCAACUGGAUGCUUGUCAGAAACGGAUAGCUGAACUGGAAUCUCAGCUCACCAAGAGAGACCAUCUCUUACUGGAGCAGAAGAAAUACCUGGAGGAUGUUAAAGAUAAAGCCGGAGACCAACUCAAAGCAGUGGAGAAUCAGUACAAGGCGCAGAAAAGGAUCACGCAGGCGUUUGAGCUGGAAAUCUUAGAUCUGUAUGGCCGCCUCGAGAAUGACAAAUUGCAGAAGAGUCCUGCAGACGUCAAAGUGGGAGCUGCUGAAAUAGCAGACGAAAGGAAUGGCGAGACCAAACCUUCCAGCACUCGGGGGAGUAGCAGCAGCAGCAGCAAGGGCAGCAGCGAGGUCUCCACCCCCGAAAAGCCCCCGAACCAGAGAGCCGGGCAGCUGAGCCGCUGGGAGGCAUCUGUGCUGCUGGACUCUUCCUCCCCGGGAGGCGGCCCCCUGAUGGUGGGCUCCCUCCCGAGCUCGGAGAGUUUCCUCGGGAUGAAGGUGCGGGAGCUGUUCCGCAACAAGAGCGAGAGCCAGUGCGACGAGGACGGCGUGACCAUCAAUAGCCUUUGUGACACUUUAAAGACUGAGCUGUGUAAAGACCCCAGCAUGGAGGCCAGGGCCCCUCCCAGCCCAGAGGACCCCGGUCCCUCCCCCCGGAACCAGGAGAGCAGUGUUGGACAGCUUCAUAUAAUGGACUACAAUGAAUCCCAUCUUGGCCACAGCUAGAAAGGAAAGAGAGUCCGGAAUCAGUGUUAAUUUUCAUAUUCUUGGCAUAGAACAGGGAGGCGUGAACGCACCUUUUUAACUAAAAGCUUUCAUAUCUCGUUGGUCUAGAGCCGCUGGCUCGUGCCGCAGAAACUGGACCUGCGUUCGUGGACUUGGCUGAAUGAAUGUGAACUGGAUUUCAGGUCUGGAAGUGUCUGAGCUCAGUCUGGUCCUCCCAACGUCCCGCCCCCCCCAAUAUACACUCGCCAGCCCUCCUCCAGAACAUAUUAAUGUUGACAGGAAUAUCUCGGCCUUUGUUCUAGUCUCUUUCCUCCCCCCUUUUCUUUGAACUGGCCACAUCCAGGGAACUCGUGUUGAGUACGAGGCUGAGAAAUGCAGUUGGGGGCUUAGCCGAGGAACGAUGCACAGAUCCGGCCCAAUGCAGAGCAGGUGAAAGUGCUUCCCCGUAUUGGUGGCCAGGGCUAAUCUCCUCCUAGAAAGGAAGAAAUCCUAAUGUUGACAACCUUCAUAUGACACUUCCUGCCCCUCCCCCAGUGGCUGGGCUCUGCUCUAGCAAUGAAAUGUUGUAAAGGGUGCCCAUCAGCAUUUAAUACCACAUUCUUCUCCCCCCCCCCCUUAAUCUAUGUUGUCCUUAAACAUUUCUGUGUAACGAACAAAGGCUUCCGCAGCCACCUCCUUUGAGAAACUGGAACUUCUCGUGCAGAGACCCCAGGUUGGAUUUGUGGUCUCACCGUAACACUAUAUCUCCCUUCCUCCCCUCCCCCGUCUUCUUAUUUGCUUGAUAAGCUGGUACUGAGCUGACCUCAUUUUUGUGCGAAUGGCGAAAGGAAAGCAGACGUGUGUCGUCAUCCCCCCACCCACCCCGGAGUGGGAGGAUUCGGUAACUGGCGCACACGUAGAGAUCUCUGAAAAGAUGGCAAGCCAUCAGAACUCCCUGAGAGUUUUUAAGAAAGCUGGGGUCACAGCUAAGGUGGAGACGCCUGGGGAACUUUCACGUGGUGUGUGUGUGUGUCUGACCGGAGAGGACGGCUCUCUGCCGCAAACCCGUCACUCUGCUUCUGAGCGAGAGGUGUUCCUCUCUAGUGGCUGCCCUUCCGUCUCCAAGGAAUGGUGACCUUGCAGCAAGGGAGGGUGAGAGAGAGUUGGAGAGUCUCCUGUCGGACACUUUGUGUGUUUGUCCAUAAAGGAAUAGCUGUUGGAAGAAUGCAGUUGAACGAAGCUACUCCGGGGGGUGCAAAAGCUGUAUGUGUUUCUCCCCCCCCCCCCAGAAGGAUCAAGAACUGGCCUUUCCUCAGCUCCCAAAUGAGGGGUUAUUCUUUUUUCUUUCAUUUUUUGUAUGAGUCUUCACUGAGUCCCACUCCUGUCCUGUCCCCGUCCCCCCACCCCAGUGGAAAGUGUUAAAUGUUGGAAUCUGUUGGUAGUUUGUGACUUUGUAGCGGCCUGUGAGUCUUUCCUAAUCUUCACAGUGUAGCCUGUCUCUGAAAUACUUGAAAUUUCCGCCCCCCCCCCCC